CGUCCGACCACAUCUAGAUAUGCAAUGAAAUUGAUGGUUCCCAAUACAAUUUUCAGCAUGAAUUCAUGUUUCAUCUUAAUUUAGUUUUUAAAUAUCUUGAAUUGAAUGAGCUGCACAUCUGAAAGGAAUCACACGAUUCUGAAACGUAAUGAAGAUCAAACAGAUAUGCAAAAAACCAGCAUUGUGGGCGCGUCGAGAAAUGGACCGGGUCUCAUGGCCUUGUUCUGAUAAAACUGCAGUGGGUGAGCCAAGGAAUAAACCGGGUUGCGCAACUCAGUUCUGAAAUGGCCUUGUCGGGUUACUUUUUAUUAUUUUUCCAAACCCUCCAAAUUACUCUAAUUAGAUGUGCAUGAUACAGCCCUAGUACAUUACAUAUUUUUUCCCACUCCCUCAUACACCAUGCCUAUUGUUUUGCUACAGAGUGUUGGUGUCCUCACUAAUCCUCUUUUUUACCCUGUUCUUUAAUCUCCCUUGUCGUGUUCAAAGACACGGCUCUCUCUUUGGUCCCAACUUGCUGCCCUGCUGUGUUAUUAGUGGUGGUAGUGAGUUAGACAAAGAAGAAAAGAGACAGAUAUCAAAUAAAUGGAACAAUUGAACUUUGUGCAGCUUGGCUAGCUACUGUUUUAUUUUUUAUUUUUUAUUGUCAGUAUGAGUCGCGACUUGUUUUGAACUUCAUAUAUGAUAUAUUAGUUUAUGUCCUUAAUACAAUUCUCUCAACACUCUGGGAGAGUUAUUUAUUUUGAUGUUACAUAUACUUGAUGAAAACCAGUUUGUUCAUCCGUUGUUUACCCUUGGAGAAAUGUAUUAAGUGUUCAUCUAUGGACUCUUGAUUUAAAUUUUACUAUACAUUGUUAUUUUAUGAUUUUUGAUGACAUUUUCAUGAAUGAAGUAAGACUUUGUAUCCAUUUUGUUGAUUUAUGAGUCAUGACCUUUGUGCAAUCUUACUGAUUCACUUUAUUUUUGGCACAUUUGGGGCUUGGAUUUGUUGCCGGGCAUCUUGAUUUAUUCAGGGACCUCUAUUUCAUGAUGGGAUGAAAGAAUGGAGUUGCUGCAAGAAAAGAAGUCAUGAUUUUAGCUUGUUUUUGGAAAUUCCAGGGUGUAAGACAGGAAAACAUACGACAGAGAAGCAAGUAAUUGCACCGGUUAAGAAAAAGCCUGUGCCUCCUCCAACUGCAGCUCACUCAACCAAUGUGUCGACGAAGGACUCUUCUUGUUCUAGGUGUCGGCAGGGUUUCUUUUGCUCAGAUCAUGGCUCACAAGGCAAACCUGUAACUAUUAUUGGAGACAAACCUUUAAAUCUUUCUGGAGAUGCAUCUGCAGAAAGCUGUUCAAGUGUUAAGGUUUCAAAACCUCCUCAAAAAAUAGUUGACAUAAAUGAGCCCCAAAUAUGCAAAAAUAAAGGAUGCGGUAAAACUUUCAAGGAAAGGGAUAAUCAUGACUCUGCUUGCAGUUAUCAUCCUGGUCCUGCUGUUUUUCAUGAUCGGAUGAAAGGGUGGAAUUGCUGUGAUAUUCAUGUUAAUGAAUUUGAUGAGUUUGUGGCCAUUCCUCCUUGCGCAAAGGGAUGGCAUAAUGCCGAUCAAGUGUCCUGACCAAUGAAGAAGAUACCGGAAAAGAGAUUCUCUUCCUGUAAUUGAUAGAAUAUUAUAAAGGUGUUACACCAUGGUUUUGAACAGAAUGUGUUUGUGUUGGCUUUUAAAGAUAUAUUGUCCUUGUUUACUAGGUACUUCACUGUUCAACAUUUACUGCAAAUUUUGUGGCUGUUGACAUGACUUCAGUCUCUUAUUUGUGUGCAAGUACUUUUAUUGAUUAAUUAGGAACAAAGCAAACCCUAUAUUAUAUUUUGAAAUAAUAGAAGCUAAUAAAGGCGUGAACAAAUUAUUAGUAUUU